AUGACUGAUACCGUUAUGAUACCGUUAGAAAAUUUAAAUAAAAACGACAAUGAACAAUGGAUUAAGACAGACGAUAAAAAGCAGCCUGAAAAUGGUGAAAUAUGGUUUCGGACAACUUCCUCUCGGUUUCAAAUUAGUGUUAUUUUAAGAAGAAAUAAAUGUGACAGUCGUCGUGGUCAACACCACGAAGGCGAGAAACAUAGGGCCUUAUUCAACACUGAACAUGUAUCAAAAUGUUCAGUUUACUUGACGUCAGACUUUGUCUUUUCAUCAUCAUCCUCAUCAUCAUCGUCAUCAUCAACUACAACACUGUCUUCGGAACACCACUGA